CACCAAUGUUCUAUUAGAGAUCGUCCCAGUAAGCAUUCCUAUAAAUGAUACCUCCACCCAAGGGUCAAUUAGAUGUAUCCUUCCCUUCGGUUUUCUCAAACCUAUUCAGAAGUCCAACCUGAAAUCAGCCAUCCUUUUCGAUUACUCUCGAAAAUGAUGCUUCUCAGCCUCAUUCUCACCCUGUCGAGUGUCUCGCUGUCAGUGGCCAAACCGGCGGCAAAUUUCAAUGCAUCGACUUCGACCCUCACAUCCCUAGGUUGCGAUUCUGCUUGCCAGCGAGUCUUUAGUGAGGGACAAAAGCAGGACGUCGAGAUGUGGGAACCGGAUUUUGAUUUCGAUUUUUACGCCACAGCUCGCAAUUUCUCCUCGUCAAAGCCAGGCGACCUCCUCAAGUUCCAACCACUGAACGGGUCGUCCCUCAGCGUGAUUUUUGGACUUACUGCCUAUCGAUACCAGUACACUUCCCGCAGCAUGAAUGGAUCCGUUGUGCCUGCUACGGGAUUUAUUGCAAUUCCAUACAGUUCAUAUCGGCAGGAUGGGAAAUACCCCGUCGUUGCCUACGCCCACGGUACAAUUGGCAUUUUCGCCGGAUGUCCGCCUUCCUCGACCGCCGAACUAUACGACUACAACAACUGGGGUUUCCUUGCGCAGAACGGAUAUGCCAUUGUCGCCACUGACUAUGCGGGACUUGGGAACAACUAUAUUGAGCAUGAAUACUGCAGCUUUUCGGCCCAUGCCAACGAUAUCUACUACGGCAUGCUCGCUGCUCGCAAAGUAUUCCCAGACACCUUUACCGAUGACUGGGCCGGUGUUGGUCACUCCCAGGGAGGAGGAGCUGUCUGGAAGCUAUCCGAAAGUGCCCUCGUCAAGUCUGGAGCAGCCGGCAAUUACGUGGGAACGGUCGCCAUAGCGCCAGGUACGAAAAUGUACGACUUAAUCCUCCUGACAGCUGAGAAAAUCUUCCCCAAGUCCAACUAUAGCACUUACUAUAUUACGUAUAUAUUCUUAUGGAUGACGACCGCCCUUCGACGUGCUAUUCCCUCGGCGGAUAUCUCAUUCUUUGCGCAAAAGCUUCUGGAUCGGGCUCAGAUUGCCAAACUCACGCAAUCCUGCUACAAUGGUGCCUUGGCGCUUGGACUCGGGCUCUCUCCAAAGGAGAUGAUUACGAGCACCGCCGCGCUCAGGAACAGCACAGAUUUCCAAAACUGGCAGAAAAUGGUUUCUCCCGCCAUGGGAUCCAAAACAGAGCAACCGCUUUUGAUCGUUCAAGGAUUGAAUGAUACCACGAUUUUGCCUCAAAUUACCAUCAACUCCUUCCAUGACACCUGCAAAUACGGGAGUCAGGCACAUCUGAGUCUGUAUCCAGGCAUGGAUCACGGCGAUGUGCUCACAGCUAGUUCCCCCGAGUGGACGCGUUUUCUUCGUGAGCGCUUUGAGGGAAAGAGCACAAGUGGGGGAUGCAAGAAGACUGUUAAUGCCCCAUUUGAUGCUACUCACAUGACUGCACUGAAUCAGUCGACCUUGAUACUCGAUCUUUGAUUUUGGGUGGUUAUUGGGCUCGGAUUGACUUCACGCGACAUCUGGCAGAUAGUGGCUCGCUACAAAAGCGAAAACAAAUUAUAGUCCUCCUGCAGCCUAGUCCCACAUUUUCUUCACUUCAAGGUUGUCCGUAUCUCGUAGGUGAUGAAUCUGAGGCUCCAUAUUGGUCAAUCUCAGAUUUCGACGGGAAAAAUGGGAAUAUGAACCGAAUACUCUUACCUCUUGC